CCUUCCCACGUCCUCUCUACAUGUCUGCUGAUCUGUCUGUCAUUUGACAGUUAUCCUGUUUUUCAAUCACCUCGUUCCUCAGUCAACUACCAUUCUGUCUCCCUCUGUUUUCUAACCCUUAUAGGCGGUGCUCUUCACGUCUCUCUAGGUAGAGACUCCUCAGACAGGGUUUUAGAGGACAUGAUCACUUCCUGUAGAACUAUUACCACCUCAGAAUGAUCAAUAUCACUGAUCGAUAUGAAACAACACAAACCAUCUAGUCAAAAGAAAUGAAUCAGCGCCACCCUCAUAACAAACACCACUGCUACACAUUAACUAGGCCGUAGUGCAGAUGAGUUAUUUUAGGAAUCCAGUUGUUCUUGUCAGGCCAGUUAGAGGGCAGGGGUGCUAGAGAAAGGGAGGGAAGGAGGCAGGAUAGGGAGGGACUGAAUCAAAGAGAGAAAGAGUGAGAGAGCCAACAGAAAAGAAAGAUGACUGUCUGAAUCAAGAUGGAUCCAACCGAAGCCAGCCUUUCCUCAAAAGCAACAACCUCUUUCAACGAAGGAAGGGGAGGUGAUGUGACUCAGCCAGAGGAAGUGGUGGAGCAGUGGAGGAAUGGAGGAGAGGGGGAGAGACAGAGGGAGGUGGAGAGAGAGGCGGGCGUGACAGAUGGACUAAGUCUGGCUGCAGAGACAGCUACCAACCACAGGGUGUCAGCAGACAAACGCAGAUUCAAUACUGUGGGAUACCAUAGGAAGCUGAAGCAGAAAGUGGUGGCGGACUAUACCACGGUGAGUAAGGGAGCGUCUGGAAGUUUCAAACCCCGAGCAGCACUGAGACAGGUCCUGUUCAGCCAGGGAGCGACUGAAAAGAGCCCCAUGCCUGAGGGCGCAGGGCAGUUGGAUGCUCUGAAGCGGACUCUGGAGGCGUUCCCAGUACCAGUAUGUCUGAACUGGAGCUGGGGGGAGGAGGGGACAGGAGCCACACUGGAGAACAACUGGACUGAUAUAGUACACAAUCACUCGAUGAUGUGUAAGACCCAGAGGCACCAACAGGAGGCGCUGUGGGAGUUGGUCCACACUGAGCUCACCUACAUCAACAAGCUCACUGUUGUCACUGAUUUGGUGAUGGCAGCUCUUACCCACCUGCACCAGCAUGGAUUCCUCUUAGAGGUGACACCUGAGAGCCUCUUCUCCAACCUUCCCUUCAUCCUCAGCGCCCACCGGCUCUUCUGGCAGGAAGUGAUGUAUCCCAUGUUACAGGAAGUCCGCAGGACGGGGAAGCCCUUUGACCCCAUGGGGUUAGAGGCUGGAUGCCUGCAGUUCCCUGAGCGUUUCUCCCCCUAUCUGCACUACUGUUGUAAGGAGGAGAGCACAGUGGACAUUACGAGCAAACUGACAGACACCAACCUGCACUUCCACACCUACUUAAUGUGGGUGGAAGCACACCCCCAGUGUGAGCGGAUGCGUCUGGGAGACAUGCAGGCCAAACCCAUCCAGAGGAUCACCAAGUACCCCCUGCUGCUGAAGGCUGUCCUCAAGACCACCCAGGCUCCCCACACUCAGCACACACUCAGGGGCAUGUUGGCCUGUGUAAAUGGCUUUCUGCACAGCAUCAAUGACUACUUGAGGCUUAAGGAUGAUGAGCAGGCCCUCUCGCUUUCUGCCCAGAAGAUAGAGGGAUAUGAUGUGAUGGAGGGGAUGAAUGAGGAAAUCGAAAAGCAUGUCAGAGAGUUAUGCAGUUUUGAUUUGACGUGCCCUGUCAGAGGGGUGGGUCCUGGGGUCAUACGCAAGCUGCUAUUGGAGGAGACCCUGAAGAUCAGAGGAAGGAAGGAUCACAAGCUGGAGGUGACAGCCCUGCUCUUCUCUGACGUGCUGCUGGUGACCAAGGUCCAGAAGAAGGCAGAGAGACUGAAGGUAGUUCGCCCCCCACUGGCCCUGGAUAGAACACGCUGUGACACACUCAAAGAUGGCUGUUCAUUUGUGGUGGUGGAGGUGAGUGUUCUGGGCUGUGCGGCGAAUGUCUACACCUUCUCCACCUCCAGCCCAGAGAGCUGCUCUACAUGGGUCUUCACCAUCCACGAGGCACAGGAAACACUGCAGGGCCUGAGAGAGACAGAGGCCAGCAGACGACUGCAGACCAAACAGAGAGACCUACAGCUUCAGGAACAAGCCACACCCCCUACAGAGCCCAAGAUGACCAUUGAGGAAUCAGUUGAUCAGCCUCCUGACCAAUCAGAAGCAGAGAUCACUUCCUCUUUGGAGGUGAAACCUGUUGAGGAACUCCUCAUCCAAUCAGUGAAUGGAACAUUGGUGUCCAUAGCAACGGAGGCGGAACAACAAACUCAGGAACCAGUGGACUAUAAAGAUGCAAUGUUACCAGGACAACCACGCAAGCUCAGUGACAUUCAUAACCAAUCAUUCUUCCAACCUCAACCCAAACCCAACGGCCCGCACAACCUGUUGCUAGGCAGAUAUCCUGACAUAGACUAUGACAUAGACUACCCACGACACCAAUCCAGCACUUUCCCACUUUCUCCAUGCAGGGAAAACAAUCGAAAAGAUUAUAUCGCUAUUUGUCAAAUGGAAUCCCAAGGAUUGCUCUCACAGGGAGGACGAGCCACAUCCACACGGAGGAAUUCUGCCCCCCAGUCAGUAGAGCAACAAGCCAUGAGGAACUCGUGGCUCACCCAAUCAGGAGAGGAGGAGGCUUUAGCGGAAUCAUGGAGGUUUUCUCGGAAGUUGAAUUCACCACGGUUACGCAGGAGAAGACCAAUAAACACUGAGCAGACUGCUACCCCUCAGAUGUCACAAAGUGGGUCUGACAGCUCUGGGAUGGCCCAGUCUGCACCACGCACAAACUCUUCCUCCAACUCUGACUCAGACUGCAAACAGAAACUCAGAGGUUCCUACCAACACAACUCAGGUUCCUCCGGACAGAGCGCUGACUCUCACCUGGUCCUCAAGCUGGGGUCCUUAAAGAUGAACGGAGGGGUGUUCUGGGACAUGCCUGCAGAGAGAGAGUUCUCCCCAGAGCCCCCCGCUUUCUCUGAGCACGAGCUGCCCAAAGACAUCCCAGAAGAAAAAGAAAACACCCCAAAAAGGCCCAAGUUGAAGAUUCAGCGAAGCGUGUCCAUACCAGAUAUCAUCCUCCAAGAAGGAUAUAGUUCUCUUCUGAUCUCAGCCAAGCCCUCCAACACGCGAAUAGCCCACUCUCCCCCUCCUGGGUUGGAUCCAUACUUGCACCCCUCCCCUCUGGAGAGCAUUUUGAACCGGGCCAAGGAGAGAAGAAAGGACAGAGGGAGAAGAGAGGGAAAGGGAACAUCUCCAACCUUCAGAACAUGGGCUCUUCCUCCUUCUCCGUCUUUCUCCACCACUACGUCCCAGUCGCCCAGUGAAGGGGAUAGAGAGACUGAGUGGGAAGAGGUGGAGCUGGUCAGACGGCUGGCCCCCAGUGUCAGUCAGGGAUGGAUAGAGGAGAGGGUGGACGGAGAUGUGGAGGAGGAGAAGAAGAGCAGCCCCGCCUUCCCUGAUGGCACCAGCGUUGAUUGGCCAGGCUGGGGCUUUGAAGCCGAUGAGGUCCUGGAUCAGCUGACCCCAGAGGACAGUGGCGUUGGUGUUGAUGAGGAGUGGUGGGAAGUGGCUGCGUUGGGGCUCAGCCAAACUUUGACGUUGAGAGACAUCCAGCGAAUCGGCACGCAUGAGGACGGGACGAUUAGUCAGGUGUAGUUCUGCAUAGGCUACUGGGAGCCCUUCAUUCUCCAAGACUUUAUCUGCACUUCAUGGGGAAUAAUAUGUCAUUUGAGAUUUUCACUGUGCCGGAGUAGACAUAUAACAACGUGAUACUUUUCCACAGCAAGAUGUUGAUUGAGUGAGCUGAUUGACACCAAAUGUUUGAUUUCAGUUUGUUGCAUGGAACGUUUGUGAGUGAUUUGGAGUUUGUGAUUAUGAGUCUGAGUGAACAUCAGAAUCAUUUUCUUCAACCUGCAUAAUAUUGUUAGAGCUACAGAUGUAGGAUCUUCAUUUGAUCCCUCUUUUGUUGCUGAGGUUUUUCCUGCAUCGCAGGAAAUGCAGAUGAGCUUUGUGAUUUACAUAAAUGUACUGAAAACCCACACCAACACACUGUUAUAUUAACAGUAUUGCACUUUUCAUGUAGCCUACUUUUGGCUGAUCAAGCAACAUUAUGAACUACAUGUUCAAAUCCUGUAGCUGUAGCAUUAUUAAGAUCCUACAUCUGUAGACGCCUGUACUGUCUUAUACAAGCACUAUGGACUACAUGUUCAUAUCCUGUUGCUGUAGCAUUAUUAAGAUCCUACAUCUGUAGACGCCUGUACUGUCUUAUACAAGCACUAUGAACUACAUGUUUAAAUCCUGUAGCUGUAGCAUUAUUAAGAUCCUACAUCUGUAGACGCCUGUACUGUCUUAUACAAGCACUAUGGACUACAUGUUCAUAUCCUGUAGCUGUAGCAUUAUUAAGAUCCUACAUCUGUAGACGCCUGUACUGUCUUAUACAAGCACUAUGAACUACAUGUUCAUAUCCUGUAGCUGUAGCAUUAUUAAGAUCCUACAUCUGUAGACGCCUGUACUGUCUUAUACAAGCACUAUGAACUACAUGUUCAUAUCCUGUAGCUGUAGCAUUAUUAAGAUCCUACAUCUGUAGACGCCUGUACUGUCUUAUACAAGCACUAUGAACUACAUGUUUAAAUCCUGUAGCUGUAGCAUUAUUAAGAUCCUACAUCUGUAGACGCCUGUACUGUCUUAUACAAGUGUACUUUUUGAUGUGAUGUCAGUUAACUGAAAUGCUGUGUAUACAUAGAAUGACAUGUUUCAUUGAACUUCAUUUGAGUUGUUAAUUUAUAAGAGUAACUGCAUAUUUGGUAUUGUGACCCAUUGGGGAGAUUCAUACUGAUAUAUUGUAAUAAAGAGACAUAUUUAAACCAA